AUGUUACCCUUACGACUAUUUCGUCUAGCUGAAGUACAAUCAAUAUUAUGCUUGAUUUCGUCGAUUCUUAUUUUAAUUCUUUCACCACAUUUCAUUUGGUCAUGGAUUUCAUCUAGUUUCAUAUUGAUCAUACUUUAUUUUGCUUCAUUUCUUGCACUUACCAGAUGGUUCGCUCAAGGUGGACAAUGCGCAGAGAUUCAGACAACAAAUCUAAACGGACAAACAUUUCUAAUUACGGGUGCUGCUGGUGGUAUUGGACAGAAAACAGCUGUAGAACUUGCGAAACGAAAUGCUCGAGUGAUACUUUUUGCUCGCCCUUCCAAAUUAUCUGAUGCAAUAAAUUACGUGAAAAAAUUUGCUUCCACACCAAAUAACGUUACUGGUUACGGCUUAGACCUAGCUGAUUUACAAUCAAUAAGAGAUUGUGUACGUACAUUCUUGGCCAAUGAAGAUCAGAAAAUGAAAAUUACUGCAUUAAUCAAUAAUGCCGGAAUUAUGGCAUGUCCUUACGGCAAAACUAAAGACGGAUUUGAAUUACAAAUGGGUACAAAUCAUUUCGGUCAUUUCUAUUUCACCCAACUACUUAUUCCUCGUCUUCACUCAGCGCGUAUUGUUAAUGUUGCAUCAGCAGCGCAUUUCCUCUGGCGUGUGCCAUGUGACGCUAUUCAUUACAAUCAAAUGUGCAAUCCGAAUACAUAUCAUUCGUUUUCUGCGUAUUCAUUGAGUAAAACGGCGAAUAUUUUAUUCACACGCGAACUCCAACGACGUUAUUCUUCCACUAAUAAUAUCCGUGCUUAUUCCUUGCAUCCUGGUACUGUCAAUACUGAAUUAGAUCGACAUAUGGACAUGAAUGGCAUAGCCAAACAAUUAGUAAGGCCAAUCAGAUAUCUAAUCUUCAAAUCACCGUUUGAAGGCAUACAAACAACUCUCUAUUGCGCUUUGUCAAACGAUGCUCACCCGGGCGAAUAUCACUCAGACUGCCGCGUGACACCACCUUAUCAUAACAACAUUGACUCUUUCGUUCGUUUAUCAGUCAUUCGACCACGUCCUACAGAGGAGUUAUUCACUGAUCUAUACUGGUACCUACGUUCUACAUACCCGUAUAAAUAUACAGAUCGUCUUCUUCUCCCUGUGGAUACGAUGAAUUUAUUCGAACGUGCCAUGCCGAAUUUACACGAACAUUCGUUUCGAUCAAUUACUUCGACGAUCAAAUUCAGAUUAUCUCGUUUUCCAACCACAGUUUCGCGUAUGACAAAUCGUAUUGUUUAUCAACUACUCCGUCGAAAUACACGUCGUUCAACGAGAGCAAAACGAAACUCAUCGGAAUUAACAACCAAUAUGGAUUCAUAUCAAUCAACUCCGUCAGAUAAUGAACUACAGCAAUUACUUUACAUUUAA